GGUCCGUCUUCGCGAGGCUUUCGACAACACAUUGAUGUCCAACAGCCGCAGUACGCGGGACCAGCAACCAAAUAAACUUUUAAGCCCGUCUUACAUGCCUCUCCAAUCAGGAAAGCUUCUCUACACCACACUCACAUAAUGUCGCUCCUGCAAAGUGUUCUUUCAUGCACCUCUGACCACAUGAAAAAGAUGCCUAGGCCUCAAUCCUUUGCUUCCCCUAUCGAGUCUCGAUGUCGCGAAGUGCGCCUCUGCACUUUCCCGUCGUAAUCAUCCAAUCAAUUCAAUUCAUACAGCAGAAGCGCGUGACGCAGGAGGCAGCUCCUACUAUCACUUCGGAGUCGUGCUCCUGUGCUUGCCUUUACACGCUUCUACUUGCUCUACACAGCGUGUCGUAUCCUCCUACGAAACAUGUCUGUUGUAUGCACUCAACCCACUUGUCUUUCGAUAACUCUUGCAUGCGGCUUCCUGCGCUCCCUCGAGAUCGCGCCACCACCAAGUAUUCACCUUCCCAAUGUAUACUCAUGUCCCGAGGAGAUGCUUGGUGGAUUGGGGAAUACGAGGCUCUUGUUGUGCCCAUGCCAUGUCUCAGAAGACAAGAAACCCUUGCGGCCGUAAAAACAAAAGAGGUGAAUGAUACCAAGACUGUGCGCGGCUUCCGCAUCCUCUCUCGUCAUCAUCCCUGCUUUUGAACGCGGAAAGAACUCCAUGAGCCCGUGUCCCUUUGCCCAUCCUUCCUUCCAGCCCUUGUAUCCUACGCCCGUAAACUCCUGUCAAGCGACGCGAGCAUGUUUGGAACAGAAAGUCGCAGGAAGAAGAAAAAGCAACACUUGCCGAGUAAGUACCACAAACACCCAACCACCUCGCGGGAUUCGCCAAGAGAG